AAAUCAUCAUUUAAUUAUAAGUUUUGUUACAUACAAAACAAGAGAUGGUCCAGGCCAAAUGCAUGUCCCCGUAGCCAUAAACUCUUCUUCCAAAACGCGUUAUGGUAUCGUUUUCAAUAGUGUCAGAUAAUAUCUUAAUGGUACGCGGGUAAGCAAAUAAAUUGAAGAGGAGGAACUAAGAAGGAAAAAGAAAAUGCCCUAUUUCAUUCCACUACUGCCCAUACGUCAAUGCUCUUUUUCAUUCUUUAAAGACUGCAAAGACUAAAAGUGCACACUGUUUCUAACUUAAACUUCAAUGCCACGUAAUGAAUAAAUAUGAUGUAAUUCCAAGAAAGGACAAGGGUAAUUUCAGACAAAUCACGACUCCACAAUCCACAUCCAUGACUCUUGUUUUUAUAGCCCAACCAAACUCUAUUAUAUUAUACUAUUAUAUAAUCUUCUUCUUCUUCAUUUCAUCUUCAAUUACUAAUUUAUGAAAACAAAAUGGACAGAGAACAACACGAGCUUCAGUUUCUGGGUUUCUUCGGAAUCUUCAAAGAAUCUUAUAAGAUCGUCCUCACAUGGAGGAAAAUCUUUAGCCAAAUCACUCUGGCCCUAAUUCUCCCUCUCUCCUUAAUCUUCCUCGCCCAUUUCCAGGUCUCUCAAAUUCUUUUCUUUAAGAUCCUCAACAACGAGGACCGACUCAGCGACACCGACGUCAAUAAUCGAGAAUACGGGAAGCUUAAACACAUCAUUUCCUCUCAAUGGGCUGGAUUCUGGCUCUUCAAGGUCGCUUACUUCACCUUCUCACUCAUCCUCCUCCUCCUCUCCACAGCAGCAGUUGUCUACACCAUCGCCUCCGCCUACACCGGCAGAUCCAUCUCCUUCAAGAAGGUAAUGAGCGUCGUACCUAGGGUUUGGAAGAGACUGAUGGUCACUUUCCUCUGGAGCUUUGCGAUCGUUCUCGUUUAUCAUGUUGUGGCAAUCGGAUUGCUCGUCUUGUUGAUUCUCUUGCUAGGGUUUUCAUCCGCUGGAAUAAUCUUCGUUGCCUUGUUCCUGAUCGUUUAUGUCAUUGGAAUCGUUUAUAUUGGUAUAAUUUGGCAUUUGGCUUCAGUGGUUUCGGUUUUGGAAGAGGUUUACGGGAUCAAAGCCAUGAAAAAGAGUCGAAUUCUGAUCAAGGGGAAAACAGGACUCGCUGUCGCCUAUUUUCUGGUCCUCGGAUUCAUCUUUGGCGGAAUCGAAUUUCUGUUUGAGAAUUUCGUUGUCCUCGAUUUCAGUGGCAGUUUGGCUCUACGGAUUGGGGUUGGAAUCAUCUGCUUCUUGCUCCUCUUCAAGUUGAUUCUGUUUGGUCUUGUGAUCCAAACCCUCAUUUACUUGGUCUGCAAAUCCUAUCACCAUGAGAAUAUUGAUAAGCCCUCAUUGUCUGAACAUCUCGAGGGGUAUCUUGGUCAUUAUGUUCAGCUCAAAUCUACUAGGGAUAUCCAAUUAGGGGAAGCUCAUGUUUAGUUUUUUUUUUUUUCUUAAUUAUCUUAUGAUAAUAAACAAAAAUGUCAUAAAUAUAAAAGAUGUGUAUAAGUCAAAUGAACAUUGUUGUUUAAUUGUAAACUUUAUUACGAGACAAAA